UGUUCAUGCGAAUUUACGACGUUGUUUGGUUGAAAUGUCGACUUAGUGGUUAGCGGAGUUUACCUUAAAUUAUUUCGUUGUAGGUAGUCGGAAUUUCAUUUGAAAAGUAUCGGGAAAAACUCCAGAAAAUGGGAUAUUUCCAGUGUCAUUAGUGGUUUCAAUUUACCGCGAACGGCAGUCCGGUAAAAUCACAUUGGACUGUCGUAAAGACGGUGGCAUCGAAUAACCGAGUCUGCUACGGCUGCACACGGUUAUUACGAAAGGACGCGAUAAUUUUCCCAAGAAAUAUUUUCAAUUCUGUGUAUGGCGAAUGUGUCUGGUGUUUUUAUUAAUUCCGUGUAACAGCUGCAAACCAUAAGUUUAACAGAAUUCGUUUCGGAUUUCACACAAUGCAUUUUGAUAAACUCGAAGUGAUUCCGGGAACUUUGUGUAGCUGAUUGGGCGGGUGGCGGACAAGCCGAGAGUUUAAAAGUCUCGGCGUGAAUUGAUUGGAUUUAAAGUGUGAAUAGCUCCUGUGGAAAGCAGGUGGAAUUGUGAUUUUUAAGACAUUUUAGUUUGUUCAUGGAGUGCGCGAAGAAACAUGUAAACAAGUGACUAUCGCCUUUGACAGUUGAAAGCACCCCUCGGUGGCCGCAUAGUAAACAAGUGACUGCGAGUCGAGUUUUUGUGUUUUUAUUUCGGAAAAGUGUGUGGUGUUGUUUCGCAGGCGUAGCAGCGAUAUUCGGUAUCAAAGACAAUUUUGACGUAACCAGAAAUAGUUUACAAACAAUUAUUCGAAAUAUUAACAUUAAAUCCGAAUACCUAAACAUCAUCACUUCAAACACGUUCAUCGUGUUUGAACGGAUGGUGUGGUUAAAUUCACGCCAAGAAUAUGGGAACAAAUGGGAAGCCUUUGUGAGAUAAGACACCAAAAUUAACCGAAUCAUCUCUAAAAGAACCUCAUUCCUGUGGUGAUAGCAUUGUCACCAAAAGUUUCGGUUCGAUCAGGGCCAAAACAACCCUACUGUGUACAAUAAAAAAAAAAUAAAAAUCUAGAGCCAAAAUCCAAACAAAAUGAAAGUGGAUACAAGUCGAGUGAAAAAGGGAACCUCCGAGGUUCCCCCGGAAUGCCAGCAGCUUAUAGAUAAAUUGCGACAAUGUUCACGAUCCGAACUGGUCACAGAGUUGGCGAAAAUAGAAACCUGGACUUUCGGCAAAUGUGAAUUAUAUCAUUGGAUCGAUAUUUUGGACAUCUUCGAUAAGAUCCUAGAAGAGGCUACUGAAAUUCAAGAUCAAAAUGAAUGGUGCUUGGCGUGUGAUCAGAAGUUUGUAGAGAGUGAUCGUCAACUUCUGUUAUAUGUCCUGAAUUUCACUACACUGCUGAUUGAGCACUCCUUCUCUCGGCACCUGUAUAACUCCGUCGAACAUUUGACGCGACUAUUGUCAUCCAGCAAUUUGGAGAUAGUGUUGGGUGUUCUCAAUUUGCUUUAUAUGUUCUCAAAGCGUAGUAAUUUCAUAUCGCGUCUCAACAGUGCAAAAAAGAACUCCUUGCUGACACGGCUUAAUCAUAUCGCUGAGAAUUGGGGCGGGAAGGAGUGUGGUUUCGGCUUAGCGAAUUGUUGUCGCGAAAACAUUGAACUACAAUCGUCGUCCUCCACAUUUUUUUACGAAUAUUACGAACAAGACGGUUCUGUACAGACGAUCGAGAUACCCGCCCUCGACAAAAGUAAUGCACCUGCGGCGCAAAUAACGAAGGACGUCUGUAGGAAAAUCGUCGAUUUGGAUGAUGACCAGAAGAUGCAUAUAUUUACAAGGAUUCGGCUAUGUUUGUCGUUUCAUAAAUACGAAGCACGAUUGCAAUUUGUGCAGGCUCGUUUGCAAGCGCUGUCCGUUCUCGUAUACUCAAACUCUCUACAAGAAAACAUACAUUCGCUCCUCUAUCCUGGGUUUCUUGAGGAGUUAGUUGAGCUAUUAGAAAUGAAGGAUCCACAUUUAGUUGAGAUACGAGCGGCAGCACUGCGGACAUUGACUUCUAUUAUACAUUUAGAUAGGAAUCCCCAUUUUCCAAAAAAGCCUGGUUCACGUCUAGGAAUGAUUAUAGACGUGACGGGCGCAUCGUUAUACCAUGGCUUUUUGCCGACUUUGGUGCGUAACUGCAUACAAAACUUGACCGCUUCAUCGAACAUAAUGCCGUCUUCCGCUGCAGCGCAACCAGUCAAGGGUGUGGGGGCCCAGACAACGGUUGCUGGUGACGAUGAUGAUAUCCACCAACAGCAGAAGCAGCUCCAACAAUUGCAAUUACAUCAACAUCGUACCAGCAGUAGUACCACUGGUGCAAGUCCUCAUCAACUACUUGCACUUCAGCAACAACAGAAUCUAUUCCCCUUGCCUUUGGCGACUGCUUUGUUCAGUUUCCUCUAUCAUUUAGCUAGUUACGAAUCGGGCGGUGAAGCACUCGUCGCCUGCGGUAUGAUGGAGAGUUUGCUACGUGUCAUCAACUGGCCCGGUUAUGAGCUCGAGCAUAUCACUUUCGUAACAAGAGCAGUCCGUGUCAUUGAUCUUAUAACCAAUAUUGAAAUGCAGUCAUUCCAAAACCAUGGCGGUUUGAACAGCUUCAUCGGUCGACUUGACAUGGAAGUCAACUUUUGUAGGCGAGAACAGCCUUUUGAAAUCGAACCACAACAUGAUCAACAAAGUCUUAGCAAUAUGAAUAUACGCAGCGGAAGCGCGGGAGGUGGUACUGGCGACGACUCCUUCCUAGUUUCCGAUGACACCAAUAUGUCCACGGAUGACGCACAUCCUACAGCAUCGACAUCAUCACACUCAUCUUCAUCGUACUCCUCAACGGCCGUCAAAGUGUCCACUUCGAAUUUCAGCAAUUCUCAAUUAUCCUUCGAGCAGAACAGUUGCAAUAGUAGCAGUAGUAAGACUUCCAAAAAUUCAAAAACAUGUCUACCCCAGCGGGCAGCUCUGCUGAAAUCCAUGCUCAAUUUCCUGAAGAAAGCAUUUCAGGAUCCAGCUUUUUCGGAUAGUAUUCGUCAUGUUAUGGAAGGUACCCUGCCCAGUUCACUUCGUCACAUAAUCUCUAAUGCCGAAUAUUAUGGACCGUCCUUGUUUCUUCUGGCAACUGAUGUAGUUACGGUUUAUGUGUUUCAAGAGCCUAGUUUGCUUUCAUCGCUCCAAGACAACGGAUUGACUGAUGUUGUACUACAGGCCUUACUUAAAAAAGACGUACCUCCAACCAGAGAGGUGCUGGGAUCAUUGCCCAAUGUUUUCAGUGCUUUAUGUUUAAACGCUCGAGGCUUAGCUGCGUUUGUCAAAUAUAAUCCCUUUGACCGACUAUUCAAAGUUUUGCUCUCGCCUGUUUACCUCAUGGCUAUGCGUCGCAGGCGUAGUUCCGAUCCAAUGGGUGAUACCGCCUCAAAUUUAGGCAAUGCAAUGGAUGAGCUGAUGCGUCAUCAGCCAAGCUUGAAGGCAGAAGCCACUAAAGCGAUAAUUAAGUUGCUAGAAGAAUUGGUAAAUCUUGGAACAGAUUCCAAGUAUAUUUGCUGGCGAGCAACGAGCAAGAAUGAGACAUCCCCGGUCGCACAGAGUCGACAUCAAUCAACUAGUAAUGCAGGAAACGAUGCAGGCAGCAGUGACGAAGAAGAUGAAGAUGAAGAGGAAGCUUCGACAUCGUCGCAUCACAACCAGCGUGACGACAACUCAAGUCAUGAUAAUGCCGAGAAUGCAACGGCUGUCGGUGCAACAGGAUCGGGAUCUACCACUGCUGUUUCAUCUCGCGAUCCAGCUGAAACUGGUGAACGCACGCCUAUUCCUUUAAUCGACUAUAUUUUGAAUGUGAUGAAGUUUGUGGAUGCAAUUCUUAGCAACAAUUCAACUGACGAUCACUGUCGAGAGUUCGUUGCUCAAGGUGGACUCAAACCCCUUCUUUGGAUCCUCGCUCUACCUAACCUACCUGUUGAUUCGCCGAUAACAACAUCAGCCCAAGCGGUGGCAGCAGUUUGCAAGAGUAUUUUGAAUUUAGCGCAUGAAGCACAGGUACUACAGGUGGGCCUUGAACAGCUGUCCGUAGUUGUUGACCUUUUGAAACCGCUACAAGUCCACAUUGCAAGUCCGGGUGGUAGCGUUCUACUGCGCGAAUUAGCCAAUUGUCCGAACAUUGAAGGAGCCUUCUCAAAUGCAUCUUAUACUCCACUCUUGCAUGCUAUGAGCGCGGUACAUGGAUAUGUUGUGAUGCUGGUCCAUGUAUGCCGGACAGGACAGAGUGAUAUCCGUAAUUUAUUACUCACAAAAUGGGGUCAGGACACCCGCUAUGGAAAAAAGUUGCUUAAGAACCUUGUCCAACUUUAUACCGCCCUUGUGUGGGAGAGCACUUUGUUAUUGGCACUGUGCACUGAUGAUAUAUUUCCUCAAGGCUGUGAGUUUGGAAAGGAAGAUAUCAAUAAACUUCCCUCUGAUAACGUCGAGGACAACAAAACCGUGGGAGACCCUGAGCCGGCCGCAGCCACAACAGUACCCUCUGCAAUGGAGUUGGACGCAGCAGUUCCUCUAGCUCCUUCCCCCGCGAAAGACGAAAGCACAUCCAAAUCUAAGAAAAUGAUUGCGUCGCCCGGACAGCUACGUUAUAUAAAGGCUUUACUGGGGGCAUCAUCACGACUAGGCAGAGCGUUAGCCGAGCUUUUUGGUAACCUUGUGAAACUGUGCGUUGGAUCACCAAUUCGACAGCGACGUGGUCAGAAUUUCCCGCCUGCAAUGGCAGUAACAUCGAACGAAUCCAAGGAAAUAGCUCGUGUUCUCAGCUACAUUCUUGUUGAUGGCUUUUCCUACAACAAACUUAAGCCGUCACCAAUUCCAAAAUUGAAGUUGACAUUUUUGAUUUGCUCCGUCGGAUUCACAGGUCCAAUGCUUUUUGACGAGAAACGUUAUGCCUUUCAUUUGAUGCUGCACAAAUUCGUCGAGGAAGGCGGCCUGGAAGCGUUCUUUGGAAUGUUUGAAUGGGCAGUUACGUCUGGUUGGACGGUGAAUCUCGAGGAUACGUUAGAUAAUCAAAAUUUUCCAGAAGGAACAGGAGAAUUUCUCGAUGCGUGGCUAAUGCUCCUCGAAAAGAUGGUGAAUCCGAAAGCGAUCCUAGAGUCACCGCAUGUUAUUAAUGCCAGGUCAAAUCGUUCACGUCCUGAAUUCGAUGGAAUUCAAUAUCUGAGUAUCGUGCAUCGACUGGCCUUCUCCGCUGUGACACGGAUCUGGGGCAUGAAACCAAUCCCAACGUACGGGGUACGAAUGACAGAGUCUAUGAUGUCUAUCCUGAAGCACAUUUUAAAGGGAGAAAAGAUAAUUCGUGAGAAAAACAAAAAGAGGCAAGAGACGUUGGAUUUGGAAAAGUUGACAUCGAAGGAAGCAACCAGGGCUACCAAUGUCACCUCGUCCGCUACCACUUCACAGCCUGGACCGUCAUCCGGAAGGGCACAGCCACUCGUCAACCAGGACCAUCUUAAACAACUAAUGGACAUGGGCUUCAGUCGAGAGCAUGUGACAGACGCGCUACUACACACGGCAACUGUCGAGCAAGCAACUGAAUACUUGCUGUGUAAUCCUCCGCCACCUCCUCCACCGCCCAUUAUUGGCGAAUCAACCGUCGAUGAGAGCUCUAACUCCAUGGACUUGGACAUGGAAUUGGGAGCAGCUGGCGGCUCAGCUCCAUUUGAUCCAAGUGCAACUAUACAGGAUUAUGGAAAUGUCCCGAAGCGGCACACAUUAGAAAAUGCUGCUCCCCUCACUGAUGAAAUUCUAAUCCCAUUCAGUUAUGCUGCGAUUGAUACGUGUUUAUAUUUGAUGGACGCCUUGCCGGACACUGUAACCAAAGGUACAGAAUUAUUGGCUAUUUUGUACAGACGCAGCGACUACAACUGGAAAAUGAACAUGUUGAAUAAGCUUGUGGAGCAAAUGCGCGACUAUUUGAAUAAAAUCUGCAACGGGCUCAAAAACGACGAGGAGCAACAUGAGGAUAUUUACUUUGGAGAGGUAGCAAAUUGCUUCCAGGUUCGCUUGCAUAUCUACUGCCUCUUUAUGGAUGAAAUUUACCCUGAUAUUCGUGUCCCAGCGGUGCAAAUGCUAAAGAAGCAUAAUGCAGUCCCCCAGUUCAUAGAUGCCUUUUUGCUAACUGAAAAACGUAUAUCCAAGACAGUGGCGUUGAUCGGUUGCUGUGGAGGGACGCCAAAAUGGCUGGCCCAGCUUAUCAUAUUCAUGGACUUGUACGAAAAAGUAGCUGUUUACACCCAGCGUAGAGCUGACAUGCAUAAAGUGACGACUAAGAUAUGGAAGUGGUACGAUGUGACCUCUGGAAAAUGGAAUAUCUACACCAUGUCUAACAAUAAGAUCAUCAACGACGCUUACUUUUCCGGUGAAUCAUCGGUGCGAAUAUCCUGCGGUCGGCAACGCUAUUCCAUUAAUUUCAAUUGCAUGUCACAGGUGAACGAGGAGACAGGCAAUCACAGACCUGUGAUCCUUGCAUUGAAAGCAACUGAGACUCGUCAAUCGGCAUUGAUUCCGUCGGAUGAUGAGGAUGUCGUGCCUUACAACAGUGACGAAGAAGGUGCCUCGAAUGUUGACGAGACUGGCGGUCAGCAGAAGAGUAAAAGUGAAAAAUCAUCAGAUCAGCCUGCUGAGAAGCCUUCUGAAUCUGGUAGCCGCACGACACCGCCUUUCCAAGAGAAUGACUUCACUUUGAAACUGACGGGCUUGGACGAAUUCGAUACUGGCAACUUGGUAUCAGUUUGUGUUCGAUUAAUGGCCCCCACGAUUGGAGUAGAUCGUGAUACUCUUCAUGCGAUCAUGAAGCUUUGUGUGCGCUUAACUAAGUCAUUCGAGAAUGCAGAAAUUUUCGCCCGUGAAGGGGGUGUCCGACUCCUACUAAAUAUGCGACAAACUUGCAGCUACAUUGGCUUCCCUACCCUUUCUAUUUUAUUGAUUCGCCACGUACUUGAAGAGCCGAAAACCUUAGCAUUGGCUAUGGAAAGGGUUAUCGCUGCUAGGACAUUACAAACCAUACCGCCCAGCUAUAGAGAUCUGGUUUUCCUGUUGAGACAAAUGAGUUCGGCGGUCUCUCGUGAUCCUAAAACGUUCAGGGAAGUCGCUCAGGCUAUGCUUCGUAUUGAUAUCAGUAUUUUACGGCGAAACUCAAUCAAUGAGGAUAAUAGGCUUUUAUUGAAAUCUGUGCAAAAUGUGAAGCAAAAUCAUGUGAUGGACGAAGAAGUGUCGGUGCAGGUUGUCCAUGAUUUGCUCAAAGCGUUGAUUGUUCCUUGCGUAUACCUGUCACCUUCGCAUAGCACAAAUCAGCUUGGCGGAGCAAGUGCAGGCCCGAUCAACAUCCCAGCACCCCCAGCCGCGACAUCGACUGCAGGUCAAGCUCCUCAGAAUUUAAUCAUCGAAGUGAACAGCCCACUUCAGCAUUUGGCCUCCUGCCAGGCAUUGCCGGCUUCGACAGCAGCGUCUUUCCGUCGAAUAGCAACCAGUGCAAAUAGUAGCCUAAAUGCAGCACCUACCACAAGUACAUCCGCUAGUGGUGGGGACACUCUCUCGGAUGCGAAUAAACAGGGCGAAAGCGAAGAAAAGUGUUGCGGAUGGCAUAUACCAAGCGCAACGCAUGAGCACGAUAAGCCUUUGUUACCGCGUGCGACUAUAUUGAAGUUCCUAGCGGAUGCAGUCCGUUCUUAUCAAACGUUCGCACCGCUCAUCACCGAUUACGUCUAUAAGAUUGGAGACAGUCCUUUAAUCGUUGAAGAUACUUCCGCCUUGGCAUUUAUUCUGGACAAACUUUUGCCCGCAACUGAAUUAACAACUGAUCGUGAGGUGACCUCUAUGUCUCGCGCUCUGAUCGCAGCGCUUGCAUCCUGCUCAGAUCAGCCAAAUGUGCAAUACACCGUAGUAAGUGAAGUAAAGGCAGCCAUCAACCGCGCAUUGGCAAUGCCCGAAUCGGCGGACAAACACUCCCAAUUGCAGAUUCUGGUUGGUCUCAUCCCAACAAUGAUUGAAAAUUGUCCUCCGGAAAAUUCACAAUUGCUGAAAUUACAUCACUUCCAGCCGAAGCGGAACGAUAUCUUUUACAUAAUGAUUCGUAAGGGACUAAUAAGCGACCUAGCUAAGUUAACUCAAUAUCUAGACUUGUCUAGUCCGCAUACUAUUGCAACUGUGAAUGCCACGUUGAAACCACUAGAAACCUUGCUUAGAAUGACAAACCAGCCGGGUCCUGUGCCUUUGUCUAGCAAGAGCAAGAAAUCAGGUACCCAAUCAAGCAGCGGUGGAACUCUUGGAGCAAGCAGGAAUGCUAACGUUGGUGACGAGGGUGCUGAUUCGGCUGCCACUGUCGGCUCACGACGACCUGCUCCCCAUAUGGACGAUGAUAGUGAGCUACAAGGCGAUGAUUCCCAACUGGCGCCGAGCAAUAUAGCGUCUGCCAUCGCAGAAUAUGCAAGCGCUCUUGAGGAACGAUUCAAUGAAGCAGCGAAUGUUGAUCAGGAUGUGAUAGCUAUUGCCGAUCUGGCUGUCGGCGGUGAUGAAGGAAUUGUCCGUGGUCAAACCAAUGAUUCCACGCAGGUGAAUCUCGAGGAUAUAAUGGACCAGCUUUUAGACAGAAGUUCCAACAAUGAUCGUGCCUCGGGGCAACUUCCCGGAAAUGUAGAAUCGCGAGGUAAUGCUGAGGAGAACAUCGAAAUAGACUUCAACGCCCGGGUGAUUGAAACUAGCAGUGAAUCCGGGGAAUCAGACUCGAAUGGUUCCGAUAAUGACGAGCAUGAAAUCGAUGAGGAAGAUGAAAAUGAAGAGGAAGCGGAAGACCGUAGUGAAAUUGAUGUAGAUGAAGAGACGCGGCAGUUUAUCGAACUCUAUGACCAUGUCUACGGUCGACAUUUAUCGCCCAGCAUACCGGAACUUGAGCGAGAUACAGAUGAUAUACUAAUGAUCCGAUAUCCCAGUAUUGGGAACGCCGAUGCACCAGGCGGGGUGGCAUCGAAUGAAGCGGGCGUAGAUACGGGGGGUAUAAAUAAUCAGUCUUCAAAUGCCAGCGCCGGAGAAGAGGGCAGUUCUCACAAUGCUCCUAGUACUCAUCGUCGAAUAUUUACCAAUGAUAUUGCGGAUAUCUUUGAAUCGAUUGGUGGAAGCGGGGCAUCAGGCAGUUCCAAUGAAUUAGCUGCGAAUGUAUCGACGCUGGGCAACAACACACCAAACGAAUCUCUGUCGACGUUGGGAGUCGGUUCAGCCAGCUCAAAUUCAGCUGAUGAGACAGUUGCUUCGAGGCUCCCCAUGGCAUCAUCGUCUUCAGUAUCAGGGGUUACUGAGAGCGGUGUUUCCUCCGGUUCAACAGGCGGUGGCACGCAUCGUAAUCAUCACUAUCAUCACCAUCAUCACCACCAUUUACAUUCGGUGCGCGCCGUUGCACACUUCCCUACCGCUACAGGAAAUCAAAAUGAUCGCGCCGGGUCUAGUGUAGGCGCAGUGGUUUCGACAGUGUCUGUACCGGUAGGAGCCCCAUCAGGGACCGGAGUACAUGCGUCGUCAUCCCAAAUGCAGCCGCAAGUCAAUUUGUCCUUGACAUCACAAGUGCAGUCGUCUUCAUCGUCCAAUAGUGGAGUUUCGGGUGCCCCUCAAAGACUGGUGGCCGUAACUAGAACUUUCCGGACUCAAUUAGCUAGCGGGGCAGAUGGAAAUAAUUUGCGACAACGACGCUAUCAAUUGCUUAAUAUAAACUCCCGAAAUACCCCAAUAAUCCUGCAACGAUUGUUAGGACCUGGGAGCUCAAGUGCACAAAAUGUUGGCGGUAAUACUUCCGCUGCUACAGCUGGAGAUUGGAUUGAUCAAUUGGGAAAUGAAGGGGGCGGCGGGACAAAUUCAGCAGGAGGCAAUGCGAGCGCUUAUCGUGAUGCAACCAGGGUUGUUCUGAUGGAUAAUGCUUUCGGGAUAUUCUCAAAUACGGAUGAAGGUUCGAUCGAUCUAGUCGAUCAAGCUGGCUAUUUGUUUGGUCGUUCGCUCGCAGCGACUUUGUCCAGUACACCGAUAGCCUUACAUUGGUGGUUGGAAGAGGCAAAAGCAUUAGGCCUAGAAUCACAGUCAGAUAUUUGCUUGACAGUUGCAGAUAGUCUCAUUCCUGAGCUAGAAAUGCAGAAGGCCCUGGAGUUAGCGAAAAUUCGGGGAAAGAAAAAGAAGAAACAAGCCGAAGAGGAAGGUGGUGCGAAAGCUAGUACGGGGUCCGCUGAUAAAAACGCUGCUACUAGCAAGGAUGAAGUGAAACAGGCUCACACUCAGACAGUUUCUCUUUCCGGUGAAUCCCAUGCAAUGGAGACUGCAGAGAGUCAAACUGAGCGAGCUUCAAGUGAUAACGCACGGAAUUUUGUGAUAGGUAUGGAUACAACGGAAGCUAUAUCAAGCCCACAAGCCACGGGAGAGCAUCAAAUUUCUUCGCAACAGACUCAUCUUAGAGCCAGCAGUGGACAAUCGCCUGCUCAAGAGGGUGAUACUUCCGGUUGCCAGAAUGCAGAUUCUGAGGAUGUAGAUAAUACCGCUGGGGAAGUAUCAACUCAAAGCGCGACCAGAUCAAGAACUACUGGUGCCGGCAACGCUCAAAACGAGGCCAUGUCUACUGCUUCAAAUUCAGAUUUCAUUAGCGAUACGGAGCACGAAACUGAUGAAGGUAAUACGUCACCAACAAUUGAAUUUUCAUCCAUCAUAUUGCCGCUAGAAGAUGAAGAAAAUGAUGAAGACGACGAUGAUGACGAGGAGGAGGAUGAUGACGAAGACGAGGACGAUGACGAGGAAGACGAAGAUGAUGAGGAGGAGGACGAAGAUAUAAUCAAUAACAGUUCUGAACAGUCAAGCGAAUUGGGAGGAGAAGAAGGGGUUGUGUUCAAUAGACGAUCGGCUGGUGGUGCAGGCAAUGUGACAGCUGAAGAUAAUGAAACAGACGAGGAUGAUGAUCGUGCUAUGCGCCGCCGGCAACCACUUUCCCGGCAGGAUAAUCAACCGGCAAAUAUAGCGGGUCAACAACAAUCCAUUGGUGGUGCGACCGCUAGCAGUAAUCAAGACUUGGGCGAAGUUGGUAGUUUGGGUGAAAGCGAAGAAACGAACGGAGAACGUCAGGAAAGCGGGGGUGAAGCCGACAGUGGACAGAAUGACGAUGAAGAUGCUCCAACUUCAUUGUCAAAUCUUCAUUCUAUGAUGAUUGACGAGGCUGCUUUGUUGCCGCUGCCAGUUGAAUAUGACGAAGAAGAUGAAGAGGAGGAACUCGAGGAAAUUCUCGAAAUGAUAGAUAAUGAAGGUUCAAGACGGCGUGCACGGCUUUUGGAUCAACCUCAGGAAAGCCAACAACACGAGGAUGCUACCAACGAACAGAAUCGAACAAAUGAGACUCAGGAGGAAGGUGGUUCCACUGAUGUAUCUAAUAACCCGUCAGCGACUAGCAGUAAUAUUUCUGUAUUACAAGAGAGUUUAGGGGGAUUAUCUGGGGCUACAGCCCUGUCAUCAGCAAUAUCACAAGCUACUGUAACCGUUUCAAUGUCGAGUACGGAUGAGGCUGCAGCCAUUGCGAAUGAGCUUGGUGACCUUGAAAUACCAGAAGGUGUAGACCCAUCAUUCCUAGCAGCAUUGCCACAAGAAAUGCGCCAGGAGGUAGUAGCGGAGCACUUGCGAUUGCAACGCAUUCGACAGCGGGCACAACAGAAUGCGAUACAAGUAGAACAUGCAUCAGUGAUUGAAGUUAAUCCUGAAUUUCUGGCUGCCUUGCCACCUAAUAUCCAAGAAGAAGUUCUCGCUCAACAACGAAUCGAGCAACAACGCCAGGCUGCGGCCGCAACAAAUCCCGAAGAUCCAGUUGAUGCAGCAGCAUUUUUCCAGAAUUUACAACCGUCGCUUCGACAAGCGAUACUUACCGAUAUGGAGGACUCACAGAUAUCCGUUUUGCCACCUGAAUUGGCUGCAGAGGCGCAGAAUUUACGCCGAGAUUGGGAGAAUCGCAAUCGACAAAUGAUGCAGGAGAGACUUCUCAAUCAAAUUGGAUCGUCAACGUCUCGUUUGCCGUCAGUUCGAUAUCUAUAUCGUCGACCCCGUUUCCCCGGGCAUACAAUUAUGCGGACAAGAUUUGCUAACUGGAACAUGAAUGGGAAUGUAGCCGACAAUACUCCAGGUACAAUGACGCUAAUGGAACGCCAUGGUCGUCCAUUGCUUGACCAUGAAGCGCUCUCUUCGCUUUUGAUUUUGCUCUUCAUUGACGAACCUAAAUUCAACACAUUGCGAUUGCAUCGUGUUAUAAGAAAUCUGUGUUGCCACGUGCCGACACGUGAAUGGAUUAUAAAGGCUCUACUAUCGAUUGUUGAACGUAGCAAUAGUAAAGUGAAUACGGCGACAUGGUUUAAUGGUGUUGCUACAAGGCCGCAGUGGCUGAAUAUCCGUCUUGACGCCGCACUAGGAUCACGAGCCAACGUAUUUGUAAUCAGGAAGAGUGGAAAUGAUGAAUAUAAAGUGGCUAUCCAUCCUCAGGCAUCGCAAAUAGUAUGUAAACAUACGUUAGAUUUACUGAUUACGCUUGCCAAAAGUUUUCCGAAGAACUUCUUACCAUACAAGAAGCAGAACCCGUCGACGACCCCUGGAGAAGGUGGCACUGUAAGCGGGAGUACUAAGAAGACUUCAACUGAAGAGACCUUCACUUGCAAACCUGGCCCAUCUAGCUCUAUGUUCAUAGAUGAACCGGUAGUUGCGGCAGCAAGUUUAAUGGAAAACAGUACUGACUUCUGGGACAUUAUCGUAAGGUUAGACUGUAAUACAGUAGAGCGUAAGUCACAAGGGCCGUUUGCAUCCAAUUCCACCUCUUCAAUGCAAGCUAAUAUAUCAUCAACAGCCAAGAAUGUUAUAAGUUUCGACGAGUCGCCCUUCGGUCAAUUGAUCUCAAUGCUGUCGUACGAUAUAGUCAAAAAGUCGUCACAGCUUACGGAUAAACUGCUUCGGCUUUUGUCGUUUAUUUCUGUUGCAUUGCCUGACGAGAAGUUUCUGUCAGCGGGCGAAGGAGCAGCCAGUAGCAGUGCCGCACCUCCAAGCGGGGAAAGUAACGUUGCCACGAGUGACACCAAUAUGUGUGUUGAUCAGGACGUAGACCAAGCAAGCGAGACCGUCUUACCCAACUCGGAAGAGCAACUACGACUCGCAAUAGAAGUGUUAACAUCAAAAUCAUGCUCCGAGGAAGGAUUGGAGGAUGCAACGUCGUUGCUGCUGAAUAUGAGCCAAUGUUCAAAUCAGACAAGAACUGUGAUCCUUAACUUAUUGAUUCGCGGCGCCAAAGACUUAGCCAAGAUGGUGCAGCAACAAAUAAUCGAUCUCAUGUGCGAGCUUAAGGAGCUAAAUCAAAAGCACCAUGCGUCACCUUCUUCCGGCGAGCUUACACCCUCUGAGGAGCAACAGCAGGGUAGUUCUUUCUCAAGUGCUGCCGUCCCUGGCUGUUCUACUAGCGCCAAAUCAAAGGGUAUUCUUCAAGAUCGUUUUACCAAAGAGACUGUUAUCAUAAUGGCUCCGUCUAAAGUAAAACCGACAUGUGAAUUGCAGUUGAGCUCGAUGGUGCCGCUCAUAGCAAAGACUUCUUCACAAGCAUUCUUUCUUAGAAUAUUAAAAGUGAUUAUUCAAAUUCGUGAAGCUGUUCGGGAAGCAAACAGCAAAGAGGAGAACAAGGGCCGUAUUACGCUGGGACAGCACGAAUUAGCGCCGCUGAGUACAAUAUUAGAUCUGAACGAUUUGUGGAAUACGUUAAGUGAGUGUUUGCUUGAAUUGGAAGAGUCUGCUGACAAUCAUGCAGUGCUAGUUUUGCAACCUGCUGUGGAGGCGUUUUUCCUCGUCCAUGCAUCGACACAGUCUAAGAAGUCAUCGACACAGCGCCAACAGAGCAAUAAUACAACAGAUGACGAAGGAGCGGGCAAUACUAGUCAACCUUCACAUUCGUCUUUGGUGUCGUCUGGCCAGCCUACACCGCGAGUGGCAACCGGAACUGUAGCAUCUUCCGAUAGUACUACUACGUUCAAUAUUGCCGGAAGCGAAGAGAUGAAUGUAGAUAAUAGCGACUCAAGUGUAAGCUUAAGUCGAGAUGUGUAUGUACCAAGCGAUAAUGUAUCACAAGCUAGAUUCGAAACUGCUGCCCCAACGACUGACAGUGAUAAAUCAACAACUUCCUUGAAGGAUUUAUCUAAAAUGGCAGAUCAACAAAAGUUCCUCAAAUUUGCUGAGAAGCAUAGAACGGUUCUCAAUCAAAUUUUACGGCAAAUGACAACACAUUUAUCGGACGGACCGUUUGCUGUUUUGGUUGAUCAUACACGGAUUUUGGAUUUCGAUGUCAAGCGCAGAUAUUUCCGUACUGAAUUGGAACGUUUGGAUGAGGGGAUACGUCGUGAGGAGUUGGCUGUUCAUGUUCAUCGUGUUACUGUUUUUGAGGAUUCAUUUAGGGAGUUAUAUCGACGUAAUCCAGAGGAGUGGAAAAAUCGAUUUUAUAUUGUCUUUGAAGAUGAAGAGGGGCAGGAUGCUGGUGGAUUGUUGCGCGAGUGGUACGUUAUCAUAUCACGUGAAAUAUUCAAUCCAAUGUAUGCCCUGUUCACGGUAUCGCCUGGUGAUCGUGUGACGUAUAUGAUUAACCCGUCAAGCCAUGCCAAUCCGAACCAUUUAUGCUAUUAUAAAUUCGUUGGGCGUGUUAUUGCUAAGGCCAUUUACGACAAUAAACUGCUUGAAUGCUACUUUACCAGAUCAUUUUACAAACAUAUCCUUGGAAUACAAGUUAAAUAUACCGAUAUGGAAAGCGAAGACUAUGAGUUCUAUAAAGGUUUAGUAUUUCUGCUGGAAAAUCAUAUUUCAGCGUUAGGGUAUGAGUUGACAUUCAGCUUAGAAGUGCAGGAGUUUGGUGUUACGGAAAUUCGCGAUUUAAUACAGAAUGGUCGUAAUAUUCCGGUGACUGAGGAGAAUAAACUAGAGUACAUACAUUUGGUAUGUCAGUUGAAGAUGAGCGGUUCGAUACGACAACAGUUAAACGCGUUCCUAGAGGGAUUCUACGACAUUAUACCGAAACGAUUGAUUUCCAUAUUCAAUGAACAAGAAUUGGAACUCUUGAUAUCUGGACUGCCUAAUGUAGAUAUCGAGGAUCUGAAGGCCAAUACUGAAUAUCAUAAAUAUCAAGCUAACUCCAUUCAGAUUCAAUGGUUUUGGCGAGCGCUACGUAGUUUUGACCAAGCCGAUCGUGCCAAGUUCUUGCAGUUUGUUACUGGAACGUCCAAGGUUCCACUGCAAGGAUUUGCUGCACUGGAGGGUAUGAAUGGUAUUCAAAAAUUCCAAAUACAUCGUGAUGAUCGAUCAACCGAUCGCCUACCAUCCGCGCACACAUGUUUCAACCAGUUAGACUUACCUGUAUAUAAGACUUAUGAUAAACUGCGUUCCAGCCUCUUGAAGGCGAUUCAUGAGUGUUCGGAAGGUUUUGGAUUUGCUUAAAAUGUUAUUUGGACCACCGCAUUUCACCAUGCAUUAUUUCCGAUAUAUUCUGCGUGGGGGGAUUUCUCAAAACGCAUCAUAUAUAAAACGUAACUUGGUUAUUUUCAAUGUGUCUUAGAAUUUACACAACUUUUAGUUUUUCUUUUCGUCUUUGAAUAUUCUUUAAUUUUGUUUCAAAAUUGAGAAAAUCGUCCAGGAGGGCCAUUCAUUUUUCUUUUUUCAUGGUAACUUACUUUCAUAUUUAUAUAACAUGUAAUUUAAAACAGUAAAUAGUAUCAUUAAAAAAAACAUGAAAAGGAAGAACGGAAGAAAUUUCAGAACGGGAAUAGGAUGGAGAUCAAAACACGACGAAAUUUAUCGAAUGUCUAUUUCGGGGGCAAAUUAAUAGAUUUACUAUUCCUGACAAAAAAGGUAUGUUUAGUCAGAUUGCUCUUAAAAAACAACCGCUGCCUCUCAUCCUAAUUGUUUUCGCGAGUCGUGUUUCAUGAACAUGUGGAUGAAUUUAGGGAUACAUUCCUUGAAAAAAAAAUUUGUUUUUAUUAUUCUUAACAUUGCUUUUCAUUUGAUGGGGUUCGGAGCGAGAGGAGAGAGAGAUCUUGAAAUACUCAUGGUUUUAUUUCUUUUAAUUUUCGGUUUCCUAUUAUACAAUAUUUGGAGAAAUAUUGAUGACUGUUCAUUUUCAUUUUGAUGAUUGAAAACAGGCUCUAGAAAAGGGAAUUCGUCUUCUGAUUUUAUCGCUAAAUAACAUUAUUUUGCCUCUUUGACUUUCGAAUUCGUUACGCGCUGUUGACUGUGGAUAUUGAAGGGAUUAAAAAUGACAUAAGUCGCAUAUACACGAUGUUGUAAAUAGUUUAAUAUUGAAUAAUAAAAAUAUUGAGAAAAUA